UUAAUUAGAUUUCAGCACUAGCUAUAUACAUCUCCCAAGGCUCUCAGAAAGUUUAAGCUAAACACCUCAAACUCUUCCGCUUCUAGGCUCUCGAUCAGUACUAUUACCUAGCCAUGCCUUUGAAUUCCUCCUCAAUCUCUCAUAUCGAGACUUUAAGAUCACCCAUUCAACCCCCAACUUUUGGAAACCAAAUCACUGUUCUUAGCAUCGAUGGAGGUGGAAUAAGAGGAAUCAUACCAGGAACUAUCCUUGCCUUUUUAGAGUCCGAGCUUCAGAAGCUGGAUGGUGCAGAAGCAAGACUUGCAGACUACUUUGAUGUGAUUUCGGGCACCAGCACUGGUGGCCUCGUGACAGCUAUGCUAGCUACCCCUAAUGAGCAAAACCGCCCUUUAUUUGCCGCCAAAGACAUUAAUGACUUCUACCUUGAGAACUGCCCUAAAAUCUUUCCCCAGGACGGGUCUCCAUUGGCUUCUGCUGGAAAACUGAUCAAGAGUUUGAGAGGACCAAAAUACGAUGGCAAAUUUCUGCAUAGCAUUGUCAAGGAAAAAUUGGGAGAUAAACGCCUGCACCAGACCAUGACAAACAUUGUGAUCCCAACUUUUGACAUCAAGCGCCUUCAGCCAACAAUCUUUUCAAGCUAUCAGGUGAAGAACGACCCAUCCACGGAUGCCCUUUUAUCUGAUAUAUGCAUCGGUACUUCAGCUGCCCCAACCUACCUCCCUGCCCAUUAUUUUGAAACCAAGGACCCGUCAGGCAAAGUUAGAGAGUUCAAUCUGAUUGAUGGUGGUGUGGCAGCAAAUAAUCCAACUUUAGUUGCCGUGAGCGAAGUUUCCAAGGAAAUCACUCGGAAGAAUCCUGACUUCUUCCCCACAGCGCCCAUGGAUUAUGGUCGAUUCCUAGUCCUGUCCUUGGGGACUGGUACGGCAAAAUCUGAAGAAAAGUAUGAUGCAGAUGAAGCAGCCAAGUGGGGUAUCUUGGGAUGGUUGACUAGUGACAAUUCUACUCCAUUAGUGGAUGUGUUUACAGAAGCUAGUGGCGACAUGGUUGAUCUUCAUAUUUCCACUGUUUUCCAAGCCCUCCACUCUGAGGAAAAUUAUCUUCGAAUUCAGGAUGACACGCUGAGCGGAACGCUGUCGUCCGUGGAUGUUGCCACGAAAGAGAAUUUGGAGAAUCUUGUGAAAGUGGGUGAGAAAUUGUUGAAAAAACCAGUAUCAAGGGUGGAUUUAGGCACUGGAGUCUUUACACCUGUUGAUAAGAUGACAAAUGAAGAGGCUCUCAUAAAGAUGGCUAAAUUACUGUCAAGGGAGAAGCAUCUUCGUGAUUCUAGGUCACCAGUUGGAAAAGUUGCUACUUCGAAGUGAAUAUGAUUCAUAAACUAUAUUGUCCAGAAAUAUCAUUAGACGCAAAUUAAUAAAUUUGGAAGAAACAAUAAGGAGAUUAUCUGCAUUAUGUAAUUCUGCUGUUUUUAUUUUUUUAUUGUUACAACAAAUGAAUAAUAUGUAAUUCAUUCCGUCGUUAAAUAUGAAUCAUCGCAGAAUGCUGUUGCACUUUUAAAAAUA